GGUUAAAACACAAACGAUAUAACUACAUAGAUAGUAACAAUGCGGGCAAAUUUUAAUUACAAAGUUUUACAGAGCGAUGAGUGAUCUACAUUGGUUGAAUUGAACUGUCAUUUCACACCGUUCAGUUGUAGGAAAGUGAUAUAAAGAACACUCAAAUAAUCCUUGUUUGUUGGUCGCGUUUCAAUAGCAAUAAAAUGGCUGUAACACUUCUCUGGAUAUAAUUCAGGAUUACCGUGCAAUUCUUCUCUACCGAAAUAUUGUCUAUAGUUGUUGGUACCAAUGCACUUGCUAAUUUUGUACGAACAAAAUUUCGCUUGUUAAGUUAUUGCUGCAAACGGAAGGCUAAAAUCUGUUGGAAUAUACGAAAAUACGCGCGCCAGCCUCACUGAAUGGGAAUGAGUGGCGUACCCGAGAUAACAAUUGAAGAGCCGGAAGAUGUAGAUGACGAAGAGAUCGAACAAUUAGAGGCUCUCCGCCGCCAUGGUAACCCAGAUAUAGCGGAAGAUGAUGAGGAAGGUGACUACUACAGACUGCCGCCUUCGCAGAACCAGAUGCUUAAAGACUGGAUGGAUUGGCGGACCAAAAUGAACGACCUCCUCGCGUCCAAUGACCGCCGGAAAAACAGCAUCGAUGCGGAGAUCCUCACCCUUUCGGCAAACACAAAAACACCAGAGUUCUUCCGGGGCCACAUGUCCAUUCACGGACAACGUGUUAAAGACGAAUACGGACCCUCCGCCAUUACGGAAACCGACGAUGAGGAUACAAAACGUGAGAAGAAAAUGAUGGACAAUAAUUUCUUUUCGUUCGGAAUUCCUCGGGUAAACGUUCGGCGUGUCUCUGUGUCUUCAACAGACGGCGACAUCGCUGGUUGUCCCUGGCUGCAUUCCGACAAGCGCUCGCCGCGGACAACCACGCGCGAAAAUUCGCAGGAAACCGGCGAAAAUUUGGACCGGCCUUUUCAGGGGCUAACCCGGCGCCGCAUGUCCAUGGUGUCCAACCACUCUAGCUCCUCCGAUGGAUUGAACGAACAUUCCACUAACAGCCUUCAUCCGAACAGAUUGACGUCUUCUGUCCACAGCGAUUCAUCGGUCAACGGUCACCGGAUACGCGCGGGGUCUGUCGGAACAGAAAUGGCAAAAAGGGCUCAAAGAAAUGUGCAAAGACUUAAUUUGAACGACAGACGGACCCGCCCGCUGCCACCUAUACCAAAAAAGGAACAAAGUGGUUCGACUGUUUUAUAUCCGGAAAAGUUUGACCAAGAAAAACGGCGCGCGUCAACAGGAAACCUGGGGAAACAAGAUUUGGUUUCAACGGAAUUUUAUCAUUUCUAGUGGUUUAGUACGUAUGUAUGUACGGUGUAUGAACUCUUGGAAUUGAUACCUUAGGGAUAGUAAGUAGGUAAUGACAUUAAUAUAACAAAUACAAUACUUUUUUGUACUUCGAUCAUUUGUAUUAAAUAAUUUAAUAACUAAUACCUUUUAUUGCAAACGGGGCAUUUUUUUCCAUCAAUAAAACAUGCAAUUUGAUCUGUUGCAGAGACUUUUACUAUUAUAUGUUAAACACAAUUGUACACUUGUCUUGUAUUACAUACGUGGCAUUUCAUUUAUAUUAAAAAACAAGCAGUUUGUUUUGUUGCUGUGACUUUUACCAGAGCCAUAAAUCAAGAAACCAUAUGCAAAUAGCUAUAGUUCAGUUUUAACUAGUAACUCUGCUGAAAAAUUAUACUAAACCGUAAAUCUCAUAAUUUGAUAAUUGUGUCUGUACAUGCAUUCGAGAAAAUCCUGUCUUGUUGAAUGAAGAAAACAUGUAAUAGAGCAUUCGAAAAAAAUUGUGUCGUAUAUAAUAUUUAAGGAAUAAUAUACGGGAAAAUAAUCUUGUUCUAAACUGGUCGUUUGUUUCGGUUUCUUUCAACUUUUGUUUCAUAAAUUCUAAGUCCCGAUUUACUAGACAAAAUAUACAACACAUGUGGGGAUAUAAUAACACCAACUUUUACCUCUAUCAUAGAUAAUAGUAUCAGGAAAGGAAUAGUUCCUGAUAAAUUAAAAACUGCACGAGUGUUACCAAUAUUCAAGACAGGUUCUAAAGAAGACCCAAACAAUUAUCGACCUAUUUCAACAUUACCUUCAAUAUUUAAGAUUUAAGAAAUAAUGCUUUAUAUGACUUGUUCUUAAACGUUUUUGAUGAAGUUUGAAUAACAUGUUAAAGUAUGUAUACAUGUGUGAAUUGUGUAAAGCUGUAGUCAUUAUGUUUUGUAUUAGAAGGCCAUAUUGAAAAUAUGAUGUUUUAUCGUUGAAACAUGUAAUUAUGUAAUAAUAAAUUAAAAUAAAUUA